UAAGUCAACAAACAGGCAAGGCUUUGUGCAGAACAGGAGUAGCUGGAAACAUUUCAGCGAGCCUGUCCCGCACCGGUCUAUAGCUCCAGUUCGAUGACAGUUCGUCUUUCAUUUCACCCUGGGCUCUAGCCCAUCGUUGUAAUGCAGCGCACCCUGCUCGCGUUUCUUUGGCCCGUUGCGCUACUCAACCUCGCCGCGCUACAAGCGCUGCGCGCACAGCCUGGUAUCGAUCCAGUGAAUACAAAUACAACGUCAUGGCCUGGGUACCUGGCCAUCGGGCCACCCCUCUUUCCGCGCGAGCAUGGCGAGUCCACGGCCUGCUAUUCGAACUACAACACGCUGACGGCCGCGGCCUGCACCACAUAUGACAGCCAGACGCUGCCGCUGCAGCUACACAAUUGCGUCCACGCGGGCUCGGCCUCGUCGGGCACGCUUGUCCUUCAUCGCACAGUCGUGCAGGGGCUGGAGCCGCUGGGCACCGCAAUCUACCGGCUUCGAGUGACCGGACCCGCCGGCAUGUGGCUCCUGGAGCCGAGUUACUGCAGGCCAGACCUGGCCCUGGCGACCUACAGCCUGCCGGGGCCGGGCCGCUACUCAAUUGAGGUGCUGAUGCUGUACUCCAGCUUCUCCUUCGCUGCGCCCAACACCAGCAAAGCCAUGUCGCAGCCAUGGGCGGGCUACCUCACGCUCAGCGUCGGGACUGCUGCAGCUGCGGCGGAGCAGCAGCAACACCUGGAGGGACAGCACCUGGCGCAGUCCUGGAGCUCAGCGCCCGACGAGUCCAUUCUGGCGUCGCCAAGCAGCGGCGGACACGCCGACAGCAGCGCCGACGACGACUCCGCGCCCGCGAGCUCGCUCCCGCUGUGCCCGGACACCGGGCCGCGCGCCGGGCGGUGGCGCUUCCGCACCUGGCCCGCGCCUGACGACGUGGCGCCGCUGCUGCGCACCUGCAUCUGGGGCGACGAGCUGCACGACUGCGCGCGGGCCGAGCGGCGCGGCAUCCACACCGCCAGCCACCCCGGCACCCUGUACUGGCAGCCCGCCGGCUGCCGCAUGCGCAGCUUCGCCGGCAUGCAGGCAGCCAUGGCCUCCGCCGCGGCCGCAGCGGCGGCGGCGGCGGAGCCCGCAGACGGCGCAGCCGGUGCCGACCGGCCGGAGCGCGGGGCGCAGUGGCGGGAGCAGCACGGUGAGGAGUUGGCGGGCGAGGGCGGGGCCGGCGACAACAGCGGUGAGGCCGAGGCCGAGGCGGCCGCCAUCACGCCGGCGCAGUGCCUGCCGCCGGGCCGGCGCGUGUGCUUCCUGGGCGACUCGCACGCGCGCUACCUGCACAACAGCCUGGUCAUGUGGGAGACGGGCUUUGUGCGUGCGCCCAACAACAGCAUCAAGGAGCUGCUGGCCUCGCCUGCCAACACCAGCGUCUACUUCCGCAUGCUGUGGGGACACGACUGGCCGGAGCCGGAGCAGCCGCUGGCCGGCGGCGGCAGCGACAGCAGCGCUAGCGGCAGCGAAGGCGCGGGCGGAGGCCCGAGCCCGCUGGUGGCGGCGGGCUGCACGGACGUGUUCGCCAACUUCGGGCAGUGGCCAGCGUCCUACCGCUCCGGCCCGGCGCCCUUCUCGGCGGGGCAGUAUGCGGCGCAGGUGGCGCACGUGCGGCGCAAGCUGGCGCAGCUGCGGGCGCAGCACGGCAUGCGCGUGUACUGGAUCACCACCGUGGUAUCCUCGCUCAAGGCGCGGCUGGAGUCUUCGGGCAUUGACUGGCGCACCGACCCGCUGCUGCUGCUGUACAACCGCAUCGCCGCCGACGUCAUGGAGGGCGGGGCGCAGCGGCGCAGCGGCGGGGGCAGUGAGGGCGACGGGGGCAGCGAGGUAGGCGCUGGCGGUCGCAGGGUGGCGCAUGAGGGCGGCCAGGCGCAGGGCCAGGCGGAGGGGGCAGCGGAGGCGGAGGUGCGGUGGCAGCGGCAGCUGCAGGCGCAGGGGCAGGGCCUGUGGCUCGGCCUCCAUUCCCAGGGCAAGGAAGGGCCAGAGGAGGCGGCGGACGAGGGCCAGGAGGAGGCAGUCGAGGAGGCAGGCGAGGAGGAGGAGGACGACGAUGAGGAGGGGCAGGAGCAGGGCACGGGUGCCGGCGUGGAUCACCUCCGAGCCCUGCUGUCCAGCCUGCGAGCAGCACAGGCCUCAGCGGUCGAGGAGGCAACUAGGGCCGGGGGCCAGAGCGGCUCUAGCGUAGGAGGCGAUGAUGUGGCAGAGCUGCAGCCGCCUCGGCCUCGGCGGCGGCGGCGGCUACGCCAGCAGCGGCGGCGAGCCCAGGAGCUGCUGCUGUGGGGCCGCGCGCCGGCGGCCGCGACGGCGGGCGGGAGCAGCAGCAGUAGUGUUACUAGCAGUAGCAACUCAGGAGGCGGGCGCGGCGUGAAGGGCUCAGACGUAGGCGACACGGAGACGGCACUCCAACGGCUGCUCGCGGCACUGCCGUUGCCGCUGCCCAGCCGCCGCGCCGCGGAAGAUGGGGAGGCAGAAGCGGCGGCUGGCGGAGAGAGCCAGGCGGGCCGGUUUCCUGGGCAGCUGCCAUCCAGGCAUCUAGGCGCUGACGGCGGCGCAGCCGACGGCAGUAGCACGACCCCCACCAGCAGCACCUCCGCAGCCUCAGGGGAGGAGGCGGAGGCGGCGGCGGGCCUGCACGCGCCCAUCCCGCUGAUCGACACCUUCAGUGCCACUCGCAUCCUGCACGAGGCCACCUGGGACGGCAUCCACUACACCAACCGAGGCCUGGGCGGCGAACUGCAGCUCACCGCGGUGCUGCACGCGCUGUGCGCCACUGGAGGUGCCGCUGAGGGUGCCGCUGAGGGUGCCGGGUGAUGAUGAGUAAUGGGUUGUGGUGUGAUGAUGUGAUGCAAUGUUGGGCAUGGGGUGGUUCGGUGAUGGAGUGGCGGUCUGGAGCAUUGCGAGUGGGAUCCGAUGCACGUGAUCUCAGGAAGGCCGCAUGGCGAGACAAGGAGUGGGAACGUGAGCGGUACUUGGCGUAUGAGUGAUUGUUUGGGUGUGAUCAAGGCGUUGGCCGAUGUUGCCGCCCAUUUUGCGGUGCUGUGGUGAUGCAGCGGGGGCAGUCGAAUUUGAUGGAGGUGUGAUAACUGCCAAGGACUGGCCAAAUAGCGGCAGGGGUGCGGGGCACGAGGUGAUGAGACGGCGGCGUGCUGUGAUACUGCGGGGCGGCUGUGGCCUGAGUCGACACCAGAGACGACGCCCCGAGCACGACGAGUGAAUAAUGCUAACUCUGACGGGCGCUGGUGUGCUGCACAUGUGCAGAUAGUGCAGGCGCUAACACUGACGACCUGCACUGACAGGCGCAAUCGCGUCUGAUUAGUCUGCUGGACCGGGCCCGAGGACAGUUUGCUAAUGCGGAUAAUGAGGGGUAU